CAGCGGCUCCGGCUCCGGCUCCGGCUCCCGCUCCGCGCCGCCCCGGCCCGACUCUCCCCGGUCCCCGCCGCGCCCCCUCGCCGCCGCGACCUCGGCCCCCGGCCCGCGCCCCCCGCCCAGGGUCGCCCCGGGCCCGCGCCCCUCCCCCGCCGCCCCCGCCCACCCUGCCCUCCCCGGCCGCUGCUCCCCGGCGGAGGCAAGAGGUGGUUGGGGGGGACCAUGGCUGACGUUUUCCCGGCCAACGACUCCACGGCGUCUCAGGACGUGGCCAACCGCUUCGCCCGCAAAGGGGCGCUGAGGCAGAAGAACGUGCACGAGGUGAAGGACCACAAAUUCAUCGCGCGCUUCUUCAAGCAGCCCACCUUCUGCAGCCACUGCACCGACUUCAUCUGGGGGUUUGGGAAACAAGGCUUCCAGUGCCAAGUUUGCUGUUUUGUGGUCCACAAGAGGUGCCAUGAAUUUGUUACUUUUUCCUGUCCGGGUGCAGAUAAGGGACCCGACACUGAUGACCCCAGGAGCAAGCACAAGUUCAAAAUCCACACUUAUGGAAGCCCCACCUUCUGCGAUCACUGUGGGUCACUGCUGUAUGGACUUAUCCAUCAAGGGAUGAAAUGUGACACCUGCGACAUGAACGUUCACAAGCAGUGUGUCAUCAAUGUCCCCAGCCUCUGCGGAAUGGAUCACACAGAGAAGAGGGGGCGGAUUUACCUAAAGGCUGAGGUUGCGGAUGAAAAGCUCCACGUCACAGUACGAGAUGCAAAAAAUCUAAUCCCUAUGGAUCCAAACGGGCUUUCAGAUCCUUACGUGAAGCUGAAACUUAUUCCUGAUCCCAAGAACGAAAGCAAACAAAAAACCAAAACCAUCCGCUCCACACUAAAUCCCCAGUGGAACGAGUCCUUUACAUUCAAAUUGAAACCUUCAGACAAAGACCGGCGACUGUCUGUAGAAAUCUGGGACUGGGAUCGAACAACAAGGAAUGACUUCAUGGGAUCCCUUUCCUUUGGAGUAUCGGAGCUAAUGAAGAUGCCAGCCAGUGGCUGGUACAAGUUGCUUAACCAAGAAGAAGGUGAGUACUACAACGUACCCAUUCCGGAAGGGGACGAAGAAGGAAAUGUGGAGCUGAGGCAGAAAUUCGAGAAAGCCAAGCUUGGCCCUGCUGGCAACAAAGUCAUCAGUCCCUCUGAAGACAGGAAACAACCUUCCAACAACCUUGACCGAGUGAAACUCACCGACUUCAAUUUCCUCAUGGUGCUGGGGAAAGGGAGUUUUGGAAAGGUGAUGCUUGCUGACAGGAAGGGAACAGAAGAACUGUACGCGAUCAAAAUCCUGAAGAAGGACGUGGUGAUUCAGGAUGAUGACGUGGAGUGCACCAUGGUGGAAAAGCGGGUCUUGGCCCUGUUAGACAAACCCCCGUUCUUGACGCAGCUGCACUCCUGCUUCCAGACAGUGGACCGGCUGUACUUCGUCAUGGAAUACGUCAACGGCGGGGACCUCAUGUACCACAUUCAGCAAGUAGGAAAAUUUAAGGAACCACAAGCAGUAUUCUAUGCGGCAGAGAUUUCCAUUGGAUUGUUCUUCCUUCAUAAAAGAGGAAUCAUUUAUAGGGAUCUGAAGUUAGAUAACGUCAUGUUGGAUUCAGAAGGACAUAUCAAAAUUGCUGACUUUGGGAUGUGCAAGGAACACAUGAUGGAUGGAGUCACGACCAGGACCUUCUGUGGGACCCCAGAUUAUAUCGCCCCGGAGAUAAUCGCUUAUCAGCCAUAUGGAAAAUCUGUGGACUGGUGGGCCUAUGGUGUCCUGUUGUAUGAAAUGCUUGCCGGGCAGCCUCCAUUUGAUGGUGAAGAUGAAGACGAACUGUUUCAGUCUAUCAUGGAGCACAACGUGUCCUAUCCCAAAUCCUUGUCCAAGGAAGCUGUUUCCAUCUGCAAAGGACUGAUGACCAAACACCCAGCCAAGCGGCUGGGCUGCGGGCCCGAGGGCGAGAGGGAUGUGAGAGAACAUGCCUUCUUCCGGAGGAUCGACUGGGAGAAACUAGAGAACAGGGAGAUUCAGCCACCGUUCAAGCCCAAAGUGACUGUGUGUACCAAAAUGCACUGGCUUCAGUGGGCCUCCAGGUCUUCGUGCGGCAAAGGAGCAGAAAACUUUGACAAGUUCUUCACACGAGGACAGCCUGUCUUAACACCGCCCGAUCAGCUGGUUAUUGCUAACAUAGACCAGUCUGAUUUUGAAGGGUUCUCGUAUGUCAACCCCCAGUUUGUGCACCCCAUCUUACAGAGUGCAGUAUGAAAUUCACCCGCAAGAACAAACACCUCCCCAGCCCCCAGCCCUCCCAGCAGCGGGAAGUUAUCUUUAACCCUAAAAUUUUAAGGCCGUGGCCUUGCGUCUGAUUCCAUGUAGAGGCCUGAAAAUUGUAGGGUUAUUAGUCCAAAUGUGAUCAACUGUUCAGGGUCUCUCUCUUGCAACCAGGAACAUUAUCUUAGUGGAAGAUGGUACGUCACGCACAGUGUCCACUUUAAUUCUGUAGAAGUUACAUCUGGCUCUAGGCUAACCUUUCCUAGAAAGCAAAUGGACUCUUGCCCCCUUUUGGGUACAAUUUGAUAUACUUUCCAUACCCUCCAUCUGUGGAUUUUUCACCACCGGAAUCCCCCAUCAGAGAUGUUCAAGGGAACCUGCCCCAGCCCCGGGGGCUGGAGACCUCUCCACCCAAGACGUCUUUGGAGUUAAAGAACGGGAAGCCAAGAGGGUGAGAGCAAGGAGGGGCUGGGGGUGGGGGAGGCUUCAAAAUAUCCUCGGCUUCCAUUCUCUGCCUCCAUGGAAACAGCCCCUAGAAUCUGAAAGGCCGGGAUGAACCUAAUCACUGUUCCCAAACAUUGACAAUUCCUAACCCAAGCAUAGUCCGGCAGUUACCAGUUUUAAAAAAAAAAACAGACACCUCAGAUGAGUGUUGGGUGAAUCUGUCACCUGGUGCCCUCCUUGGUUGAUAACUGUCUUGAUAACUUUCAUUCUUUGUAAGAGGCCAAAUCGUCUAAGGACUUUGCUGAACAAGCAUGUGAAAUCAUGUCAGAUCAAGGAUAAGCCAGUGUGUAUGUAUGUUCAUUUUAAUCUCUGGGAGAUUAUUCUUCCAUCCAGGGUGCCAUCAGUAAUCAUGCCACUACUCACGAGUGUUGUUCGCCAACACCCACCCCCCCACACACCAAGAGUUUGCUACCUACCUUGUUAACCUCCUCAAGAAGCUGAAGUGUACGCCCUCUCCCUUUUGUACUUAUUUAUUUAGUAGGCCGAAGUGUCGUUUAUGAAAGUACGAUGUACAGUAACUUAAUCCAAGUGUCGACUCGAGCGUCAGCCCCUUCUGAUUGGUUUUCCUCCCUUCUCCGGCCCUUGAUGUCCACUUAGGGAUAAAAGUGACAAAAUGGGAAAAAAAUGGUUCCCAUUUCCAGUUGACGUUGAAUGACACGCCUGGAGCUGUAGAAUCAGGAAACCUUGGAUGCCUAACAGCUCAAAGAUGUUUUAUUGCUAGAAGGAUUUUAAUAUGUUUUGCAAAUGCAUCAUGCAAUGAAUUUUGCAUGUUUAUAAUAAACCUUAAUAACAAGUGAAUCUA